AUGGGUAAAAAGAAGGUGAACCAAGCUUUACUCUCCUAGUAUACACUAUUUUCUUUUUGUUUCUAGUGUUUUAUUUACUUUUUUUUACCAAUUUUCGCAAUUUUUAUACCUAAAUUAAUAUUUUUCCAAAAUUUUUGAUGUUGUACAUGCUCUUUACUCCAAUUUUUUUUCAGAUCUCAGCCGUCCACUUCAAGAUGGAGGUGGAGUUACAGAAAUGUUUGCGGAACAGUCAGAAGUUUUCCCAAAUUUUUCAAUUUAUCAACAACUUCGGACCAUUCGUUCAGAUUUCAUGGACUUUCGAGCAAUUGGAGAAUAUGUUAGUGGCCGAUGUGGAUAGUCGACGUGAGUAUUUCUUGUUUUUUCUGAAUUUAGGCGGAUCAUGGAGAAAAAGAGGAGUUUUCAAGGAAAAAUUUGGCCUGUGUCUAGUAUAAUAUCGAAUUUUGGGUUUAUACCGAAAAUGAUGGUCAGAUAAGGUGGAUGAUACAAUUUUUGGGAAUAAUUUAGUCUAUUCUUCCUCAUAGGUCGCUAUUUACGCCUUUUCUGUUCAUUUUUUGGACUCUGAAGUUAGACUUGACACAUUCUCAAAAUUUUGAGUCAACUGUUACUCUCGUUGGCUGACACUUCAAAUAAUGUCAAGAUGAGAUUUCUAGAUACCCAUACACCUCUGACAAGAAAUUUGAGAUAUUUCCACCUACUUUGACAUUGUUUUUCAUCAAUCUUCCUCAAGGAUAAUAUAAUUUAGAGUCGGAUGAGCUGGUCAAAGCGAUGAUGGGCCUGAUACGAAAGAUUGCCCCAACCUACAGGCCGUUGAGUGGUCUAGCUGGACUGGACAAGUUUAUCGCGACCUAUUCCGGCAUUGAAAAUCCAGACAAUUCCGAGGAUUAUCAGUCGUUGGACCUGCAAGGAAGAAUGGAUUUGUUGUUGGAAAUUUUAUAUCUCUCUUGUCGGACUCACUUUGGAAUUGUUGCUGGGGUACGUUUUUUUAUUUUACUUGCUUUUCUUCAAUUUUUAGGCCGAAAAAAUGAGGUUUUUUUUUUGAGAAGAACAGAGCUAAAAAUGGAAUUUCUUUUACUCAUAAUUCCAUUUUCAGUUCAAGCAGAGGCAGAUUCCCUAUCAUGAACUCCGAUGGAAGCCAGUCGGCAAGGACUACGAUGGAUUGGAGUACUAUUAUCAAGAGGACUGCGAGUUCAAUCCAAGGAUUUAUAUUGCAAAUUCUGAUGGAGACGGCGAGAGUUGGACGUUAAAAACAAAGUAAGAGUUGAUUUCGAGACAUUUGGAAGGAAUUUCGAGCAAAAAGAGGGAUUUUUUUAAAGAUUUUUUUGAUAGUAAUAUCAUGUGUAAUAUAAAAAGUUGAUGAUUUUGGUAAUUUUUUGAUAUUAUUUGGUCCAAGGUGUGAUAUAAAAGCUCUUUAGGUUUGUUUAAGUGAUUUUUUGAGGGAUAAAUGUAAAUUUUUUAACCCUCAUUAUCAUGGGUAAUAUAAAAAGUUGCUGAUUUUGGCAAUUUUUUGGUCUUGUUUGGCCGAAUGUAGGGUUUAAAAGUUUUGUAGAGCGUUUCUGAAAGAUUUUUUGAGCGGUAAAUGUAAUUUUUUUCACCUUCAUUAUCAUGGGUAAUAUAAAAAGUUGAUUAUUUUGCCAAUUUUUUGGUCUUAUUAGGUUCAAUAUUGGAUGUACAAAUGUUUUUAGAGUUGUUUAAAACAUUUUUUGAGAGAUAAGUUUAAUUUUUUUCACCUUUAUUAUCAUGGGUAAUAUAAAAAGUUGAUGAUUUUGGCAAAUUUUUGUUCCGAUAAUGUCGAAGAUUUAGAUUUAAAACGAUUUUAGGUAUCUUUUUUUUCAAUUUACAAUCUUCAAACCUAAAAAAUUGUAUUUUAGGACCCGCCAAGGCAUCUACAAGCUCAUAAAGAACCUCCAAGGCGAAGAAGUGUCGGAAGAAUCGCAAAAUUUGAUCCCAGAGAUCACAAUGUCGGCGGCGGACAAGAAAAAAUACCGAUUGUCGGAUCACCACUUUUCUUAUGGCAAUUUUUACAAGCAAAUUGAAGUGAAAGUCAAGAAGUCCAAGAUGAAAUUUGCUCCGAAAAAAGUGAACUCCGAAAACAAGGAGAACGCCCCAGAGAAAAAAGAAGAGAAAAAGGAACAAGAGGCACCCAGAAAGAUACUAAAACCGUAAGUUUGGAUGCAUUGCCUGAGGGAAAAUAAAAAAUUUUGAGAUUUUGAAAUUUUUUUGGAAAUUGAUGGAAUUUUUAUGGAAUUGAUGGGAUUUUUGGUCAAUUUUUGCUUAACUUUGGGUUGGAAAUGGAGUGUAGAGGCUUCAUUGUGAUGUGAAUGAGGUCUGGCGUUAGUUUAGACAUAUCAAAAUGGGGAAUUUUAGCGAAAAAUUUCAAAAAAUUGAGAUUUUUAAGAGAUUUUUUGAUUUUUUUAAAAAAUUUUUUUAAUUGAUUUGAUUUUUGUUUAACUUUGGGUAGAAAAUUAAUUGUAGAGGCAUUAUGGAGAUGUAAAAGAGGAUUUACCGUAUUUUAGACAUAUCAAAAUGAUGAAUUUUAGCGAAAAAUUUCAAAAAAUUGAGAUUUUUAAAUAAUUUUUUUGAUUUUUUCGCAAAUUUCUUGCUUUUUUAAUCGAUUUUGGAUAGGAAAUGGAUGGGAAAGGCUUUUUUGAGGUUCAUUGAAGAUUUUACAAUUCUUUAGACAUUUUAAAAUUUGGAAAUUUUAGGAAGAAUUGCAAAAAAUUUAGAUUUUUUGAGCAAUUUUGGAGAUUUUUGAAAAAUUUCGUAAUUUUUAUAACUUGUUUGGACAAUUUGUAAUUGGAAAAGUAACUUCAAAGCUGUGGUAUGACCUGUAGAGUAGUUUUAUUAAAUUUAGACACAGUAAAAAUUGGAAUUUAUCUAAAAUUUGCAAUAAUUUUGAGAUUUUUUUCGAAAUUUCGUCGAAAAUUUGGAAAAAAAUUAUGAAAAAAAGUCAAAUUAACCUACAGUGGGGGACCUGAUCCAGUGGCAAAAAACGUACCAUUUUGUAUCCGGGAAGUAUCAAAAAUGUGGCAAAAUGCUUCCCUUUCCAAGUGAAAAAACUCCGAUUUCACAAGGAAAGUACUUUUAUGGGGGCUCCUACUUUUUGACGGGACAUACCUCAAAAAAUCAGAAAAAAUGUGCUGAUCAAGGAUAUAUAAAUCUUAGCUGCCCAUUUUGGGCUUUUAGGGGUGAAAAUGCCCAAAAACUGGCUCAAUUUCCCUACAAAAGGCGCAUGCAUUCGAAACGAUAAAAAGCGCAGUUGGUCUCUUCCUUCGGAAGAGAGCGGUGUGGCCGAGUGGCUAGUGCCGUAGUCUGGGAAUCAAGAGGGGGAACGCCGCACGGGUUCGAUUUCCCUUUUGGGCUGAAUCAACUUUUUUUGAAGUUGAAGGUCGGAAAAAUAAAUUUUUGGGCCAAGACUGAUUUAUUACGUCUUAGAAACUCAAUAAACAUCAUUUUAAGCCAAAAUAAAAAUUGUAAACCCGUGAAAAAUUACUCGAAAAGGGGUUCAUAUAGGGCUUUAAGUCAACUUCCGACUGAGUUUUCACCCCUAAAAACCUAAAAUGGGCAGCUAAGAUUUAUAUAUCCUUGAUCAGCACAUUUUUUCUGAUUUUUUGAGAUAUGUCCCGUCAAAAAGUAGGAGCCCCCAUAAAAGUACUUUCCUUGUCAAAAGCGCCCUUCAGAACGGAAUUUUUUCACUUGGAAAGGGAGGCAUUUUGCCACAUUUUUUGAUACUUCCCGGAUGCAAAAUGGUACGUUUUUUGCCACUGGAUCAGGUCUCCACUGUAGGUUAAUUUGACUUUUUUUCAUAAUUUUUUUUUCAAAUUUUCGACGAAAUUUCAAAAAAAUCUCAAAAUUGUCGCAAAUUUCAGAUAAAAUUCCAAUUUUUACUUGCUCUAAAUAAAAAUAAAAUUACUCUACACACCAUACCACAGCUUUUACUUUACUUUUCCAGUUAUAAAUUGUCCAAAAAAGUUAUAAAAAAUAUGAAAUUUGCUAAAAAUCUCUAAACUGGUCUCCCACUGUAGAUUUAACCUAGAUUUUUUAGCGUCAAGAAAGGUACAACAACUGGGCUGGAAAAGGAAGCCAAUCUGAUGUCUUCCUGGCUGAAACAAACCCCCAAAGAGGCCAAAUACGCCUGCAAAAAGUGCCACGAAAACGGAUCGGCGAAGCAAAUGAACGCCUGCAAAGUCUGCGACAAAUACUAUCAUAUCGAGUGCGUGAACACGAAAACCAAGCAGAAACUUUGGACCUGCCCCAUUUGCACCAACAAGGAGCUGGUGGGCCGGCUGAGCAUGAUUUAUAUUCGACUUGCCGAGGUGAUCCAACAAAAAAUUGAACAAGUCUACAAUGAACGCAAAAUCCAGGUGAAAUCCAAGUAUAGCCUCAGGAAAUAUGAGGAUCUGGACAAACUGGAAGAGGAGCUGUGGGGAGAAGGGUCGGAUGUGAGCGAGGAUGACGAGGAGGAGGAUUAUAAGGAGGAUGAAGAUGAAAUUGAAGAAGAAAGCGAAGAUGAAGAGGAAGAAGAGGAGGAGGAAGAAGAAGAAGAUGAUGAUUAG